AUGGAGAAGUACUGCCUGGACUCUCUUUCCAACAUCUCAGAACAGCACGGCAUGUUCUGUAACAUCUCGUUGCUAAAUGUCACAGGAAAUGACACUGGAACCAAAUCCAUUGAGGACAGACUACUGGAAGUUCUAGGGCCGAAGCGCUCCCCCGUCUUUCUCCCUAUUACCCUGUUUUACCUGCUCAUCUUCCUCCUGGGCAUGUCUGGCAACCUGCUUACAUGUGCAGUGAUAUUCAAACACAAGAAGAUGCGCACCCCCACCAACCUGUACCUGUUCAGCCUGGCUGUGUCGGACCUCCUGGUGCUCUUCUUCGGGAUGCCCCUGGAGAUCUACGACCUGUGGCAGAACUACCCCUUCCCCUUCGGAGAGGGAGUCUGCUACUUCAAGAUCUUCCUCUUCGAGACCGUCUGCUUCGCCUCCAUCCUCAAUGUGACAGUGUUGAGUGUGGAGAGGUAUAUCGCAGUGGUCCAUCCACUAAAAAUACGCUAUGUUGCCACCAACAAGCAUGCCAAGUGUGUCAUUAGUGCCGUAUGGGUGGUGUCCCUGGUCUGUGCCAUCCCUAACACCUCCCUGCAUGGCAUCUGCUACUUGAAUCUCCCGGAGAAGGUGGCAGAGUCAGCCAUAUGCAGUUUGAUAGGUACCCCGUGGAUCUACAACCUGGUGAUUCUGAUCACCACCGCAUGCUUCUACAUAGUUCCCAUGACGGUGAUCAGCGGGCUGUACCUAGGAAUUGGCAUCAAGCUGGGCAGGGAGCGACACCUCUCCCGGGGGACGAUGAGGAAGAACUGUAGUGCCAACAUUAGCUGGAGAAUCCAUGUGGAGCGAGGGUGCAGGAGACAAGUCACCAAGAUGCCUGGUGAGUUCUGCAUCCCAUUCUAUGUCUAACCAUUGGCAUUGAAAAUGGGUCGUGGAUGGGUAUUCCAGCAUGACAAUGACCCAAAACAGUGUGUGCACCUCCUUUCAGGCAUCCUCUUCUACCUCAGCUCUGCAGUCAACCCCAUUAUCUAUAACCUGCUCUCCACACGCUUCCGGGAAUGCUUCUGGGAUCUCGUCUGCACCCAUACAGAAGACACCACUGCUAGAAAAGACUCCACACCCUCCGCCAAGAUCCUGCUGGUCCCCUCGGGCCCAGUUCCUAACACCCAGGCUAAGCCCAGGGAUCACAACUCCCUCACUCCCCUGUUAUCUCCAACUGGGAACACAGAGAUCACAACACUGACAUGUAAACAUUCCUGCGUGGUAGAUUCUGACUUCACUGCUACGGCUUUUUAA